AUGUCAGCCGUAGCACCAGCGGGAACCGGUGCCACGGCGCCCACCGCGAACGGUCCGAUCGUGCCCGCUCCGGUUUUCGCGUUGCCGACGUUAUCGUUCACCGUCGGCCAGGUGGCCACCGUCUGCGAGACCCUGGAGGAGAGCGGCGACAUCGAGAGACUGGCCAGGUUCCUCUGGAGCCUGCCAGUCGCGCAUCCGAACAUCCAGGAGCUGAAUCAGAGCGAGGCGGUGCUCAGAGCCAGGGCGAUCGUCGCGUUUCAUUCGGGACACUAUAGAGAAUUGUACGCCAUACUCGAGAGGCACAAGUUCACCAAGGACUCCCACGGCAAAUUGCAGGCGAUGUGGCUGGAGGCGCACUACCAGGAGGCGGAGAAGCUACGCGGAAGACCUCUGGGCCCCGUCGACAAGUACAGGGUACGAAAGAAAUUCCCGCUGCCGAGGACGAUCUGGGACGGCGAGCAGAAGACCCAUUGCUUCAAGGAGAGGACCAGAUCGUUGCUCAGAGAGUGGUACCUGCAGGAUCCGUACCCGAAUCCGGGGAAGAAGAGGGAACUGGCCGCCGCCACGGGGCUCACGCCUACGCAGGUGGGGAAUUGGUUCAAGAACAGGAGGCAACGGGAUCGCGCCGCCGCUGCGAAAAACAGAAUGCAGCAGCAAUCUGGCACAGGAAACGGAAAUACACGACGCGCUUUGAGCCCCGGGCCAGGAGGCAGCGACUCGGAGGACUCCGACAUUUCUCUCGGCGGAACGUCGCCGCCGUCGCCGAGUUCCUCGCCUCCGCCGACUCAUCAACCAUCUCCUGUUCCUCUCGGGCCCCUUGGACCUCUGCCUCCACCAUCCUUAAAUUUCCGCUUCGAUCCAUCGCAAUCGCAGUUUCGAUUCAACCACGCGACGGCCUUCAAAUUCCCGCCGACGGGCUUCCGGUUUGGACCGCACAGCCCGCAACACAAUCAUCCGAACAUCUCGGGCGGCGGAAUCUUCAGGCUGACGGAAACCAGCCCGUUCCAGGCUGUGGGGCCCAGGGGCGAUCUUGGAUCCAGAUUGCCGGAUCAUUUGGGGCUGCCGCCGCCCAGGUUGCAUCCUCACGAGGGUUUGCUCCAUCACCCGCACGUUCCGCACCAGCUACCGGAAGGGAUGUCGAGGUUAUCGGACGGCUCGCGACUCUCCGACGGCGGGAUCUCGCGUCUGUCGGACAGCCUAUCGGAAGCGCACAGCCCGCCGCUAAUGGCGACGAAUCUGUCGGUGACGGGUCCGCUUAGGGUCGCGGUCCCGAGCCCUCACACGCCAUCCUCGCGAGGCAGUCCGCCGUCGAAUCAGCAGACGCCUCAGGGUCAGUCUCAAGGCCAGGGAUUGAUAAGGGUCGCGACGCCCCCGCCGAACCCGAAACCGCCGCAGAUCCACAGACCGUUCUCACCAGCGUGAUACGACAAGGACGAUGUCGAGGAAGCAAUCAUUUCCGGGGAAACGGAGAACGAUCGGUGCUCGAUGUCGGGCAAA